CUACCACAUGCACGCAGGCAAUUACGUCGAUUUGUAACAACACCAAAAACAGUAAACCAACAUUACUGACUUAGCAACAACAAAUCCAUUUUACAGUUAACGUACUGAUAGUCUUUCGUCUUCACUGUGCACUGCCUUCACUGUGCACAUCUACAGCCAAAUUUCAAUCGUUCAAAUGUUUGUACUUAUCGCAUCUUUCUUAACCUAUAAUUGAUAAGCUUGAGUAAACAUCAGCAUUGGAAUAACAACAACAAUUCUGAUCGGCGUACACUGUGGUAGAGCAUCGUCAAGCAAUAAUUUAUUGGGCUGUGUGUUAUGGUUAUUCAUUGAAUUCUAUGUUAUAGUUUUGGUAUUAUGUGUGUGUUUGUGUGCCAAUUCAUCAAAUAUUUUAGCGUGAGAGCUAAUAGUCAUUGAGUUGCAGUAAUGAGUGCAACCAAACAAUAGAGCACCGUGACUCGUACCAUUCACAUACAGUAUUACACAGUACAUGUUAACUGCCUAAAUAAAAGCCGGAACCAAUGUCAUGCUAGCAAAUUACACACGUUCGAAUUCGAAACAAAGGGCGAAAACAAAAUAACAUACAUUUUUUGCAAUGUAGAAUUCAACGUUAGAUUGGUAUCAUUGUACUGAUUCUCGCGGUGCACCUGCGUUCCGCUGGAUUAGCUUUGGCGUUCAUCAACUUUUUAUGGAAAUGUGUGCAGCGAAAGUGAAACGUGUUUAGUGGCAAAAUUGAUUUUUUUGUGUGAAUUUAUGUCGUGAAGCCAUACAAGAUACGCGCACAACCAGCAUUCAAUCCACCACCAGUAAUCACUUUACUUCAGUCUUGUAUUGAACUUCUGAAAUAGCGGAUUCGAAGCGACUCUCCUCCAACAAUAUGGUUGAUGUAACUGGUGUUGCAAAGCGUGGCGGCUAUCGAUAUGACGAUGGAACCCGUUACAUUGGUGACUGGAAUAGCAGAGGUCAAAAACAUGGAAUGGGACACCUGAUUUUGGCUGAUGGAACUCGUUAUGAUGGAGCCUUCGUAAAUGGCCUUUGCAAUGGAUUAGGAGUGAUGACUUUUUCUGAUGGAGCUAAAUACGAAGGCGAAUUCAUGAAAGGUUGGUUUCAUGGUCACGGAAUCUUCUGGCGAACUGAUGGCAUGAAAUUUGAAGGUGAAUUCCGUGGUGGUCGCAUUUGGGGAUUGGGCUUGGUGACAUUUAGCGAUCACACUCAUGGUUUCCCACGAAACGAAGGAUUUUUCCAAGAUUGUCGAUUAGUUCGGAAGAAGCGAUGCCCAGAAGUGGUUCAAAAAGCCCAGAAAGUUGCUCUCAUGGCACGGUCAUUAAGCGCUCAAUGCGAUUCAGGUGGCUUUUGAUUAAACUUAGUUGUCAUUUAAAAUUGAAUGCAAAGCAAUCGCUUUACGUUUUAGUUUAAUUAAGAAGAAUGUAUCGAUUUCAUGGUUGUUCACAAUUGAGAUUACAUGAAUAAACCUAACAAAUGUCAUUUAACUAAAACUUAAAA